CUGUUUUUAGCGAUUAUGACUAUUGAUAGGCAUGUAACAAGAUGGGUCGGACUCAAAGUAUCUUUUUUUUCAAUGGGAUUUAGUUCGACGCUGCAGCAGCAACAGGGUGCUUUCACUUUGUCCAGUGACUCAGUCUGACAUAGCACGAAAAUCUUUGACAUUUUUCACAUUUUUUGCUAAAGAAGCUGACCUCGCGCGCUCGUGCUCUGCAUUGGCUACGCCGCACAUUUCGGAGCGGAGCACAAAUAUAGCGCGGAGAGAGACUUGUUGCUCGCGUAUCUUUGGCGUUUAUUCCCCAGCUUCGGUUCACAUCUCAUCCGAUUCACCCUAGUCUGCUCCAGGCUUCGGCUUGGAGGUCCCAACCGCCGCCAUUGAUCCCAGCAGCUGGAGUGGCAGUGAAAGCUCUGCCGAGGAUAUUGAGAGGAUGAGCGACUCGGCAGACAAGCCCAUUGACAACGAUGCCGAGGGGGUGUGGAGUCCUGACAUAGAGCAGAGCUUUCAGGAGGCACUGGCCAUCUACCCGCCCUGUGGACGCCGCAAAAUUAUCCUCUCGGAUGAGGGCAAGAUGUAUGGUCGGAAUGAGCUGAUUGCCAGAUACAUUAAACUCAGAACUGGGAAGACAAGGACACGGAAACAGGUGUCUAGUCACAUACAGGUCUUAGCAAGAAAGAAAGUUCGAGAAAUCCAAGCUGCCAUCAAGGUGUCUAGUCACAUUCAGGUUCUUGCCAGAAGGAAAUCUCGCGAAUUUCAUUCCAAGCUAAAGGUGACAAGCAUGGAUCAGAGCGUGAAGGACAAAGCUCUUCAGAGUAUGGCCUCCAUGUCCUCAGCCCAGAUCGUCUCUGCCACUGCCAUCCACAACAAGCUGGGUCUUCCGGGCAUCCCGCGUCCUGCUUUCCCCGGAGCAGCAGGGUUUUGGCAGGGCAUGAUAUCCACGGGCCAGCCUGGAUCCUCACAAGACAUCAAGCCAUUUGCUCAGCAAGCGUACCCCAUCCAGCCAGCAGUCACAACUACAAUCUCAAGUUAUGAUCCGCCGACAGCGCCGGCGCCCACAGUGCCCGCCUGGCAGGGACGAUCUGUCGGCACAUCUAAACUCAGACUGGUGGAGUUCUCCGCUUUUCUGGAGCACCAGAGAGAUCCAGAUUCUUAUAACAAGCAUCUUUUCGUGCACAUCGGUCAGACAAAUCACUCUUACAAUGAUGCCUUGCUCGAGUCAGUGGACAUUCGUCAGAUUUACGACAAAUUUCCUGAGAAGAAGGGAGGGCUGAAGGAACUGUUUGGCAAGGGUCCUCAGAAUUCAUUCUUUCUCAUAAAGUUUUGGGCUGACUUGAACUGCAACAUUCAGGACGAAGCUGGGGCCUUCUAUGGAGUGAGCAGUCAGUACGAGAGCCCGGAGAACAUGACCAUCACCUGCUCCACGAAGGUUUGCUCGUUUGGCAAACAGGUCGUGGAGAAAGUGGAGACAGAGUAUGCUCGCUUUGAGAACGGACGCUUUGUUUACCGGAUAAGUCGAUCUCCGAUGUGUGAAUACAUGAUCAACUUCAUCCACAAACUCAAACACCUUCCUGAGAAAUACAUGAUGAACAGCGUCCUGGAGAACUUCACCAUCUUAUUGGUGGUAACAAACAGAGACACACAGGAGACCCUGCUGUGCAUGGCCUGUGUGUUUGAAGUGUCAAACAGUGAGCAUGGAGCCCAGCAUCACAUCUACAGACUAGUGAAGGAAUGAAGCAGCUCUUUCACACAGACUCUGGACCUCAGUACAGUGGCAGUGCCUCUAGCUCAGCACUCACUCACAUCACAUUUGGGUGAUGCGUAUAAUUAUUAUAUAAAUAUAUAUAUAUAUUUUUUUUUUCUUCGUUAUUAAUAUGUGCUUGACAUUUAACUGCAGCUGUGAAUCAUGGUACAGUUGUAUUAUGUUUUAAUACGGGAAAGAAUGUCAAAGAAUCCCGAAUUAACAUUAAUUCAUAGACUACACAUAUAAAGUGACAGUAUCAUUCAACUUAAAGGUUAGGUUGAGUUAGAAUCUAUCUGAAAACGACCUCAUUCUGAUUUUUUAAACUCGAAAGUGUAAACAUCUGAAAGUAAAUGGGCGAAUGUGUGCCGCCAUAAAUGUGACCCUGGAGCACAAAUCUGGUCAUAAGUAGCACAGGUAUAUUUGUAGCAAUACCCAACAAUACAGUGUAUCGGUCAAAAUUAUAGAUUUUUCUUUUAUGCCAAAAAUCAUUAGGAUGUUAAGUAAAGAUCAUGUUCCAAGAAGAUAUUUUGUAAAUUUCCUACUGUAAAUAUAUCAAAACUUAAUUUUUAUUAGUAAUAUGCAUUGCUAAGAACUUUAUUUGGACAAUUUUAAAGGCAAUUUUCUCACAAAUUUUUUCACAUUUUCAAAUAGCUGUAUCUCCUGUUCUAUCCAGUCAAACCAUACAUCAAUGGAAACCUUAUCUAUUCAGAUAUCAGAUUAUGUAUAACUCUUUUCAGUUUAAUAUAAAAUUGACACUUAUGACUGGUUUUGUGGUCCAGCCAACAGAUUUGUGUGUGAGUAUGAUGUAGGUGUACAGAUGUAUAUACAUUCUCACAUGCGUAGGUAUUUUUCAGAAAGAAAAAGUAUUUGAGAAAUUUCAUUCUGUAACAUAGAUUUAUUAAAAUGAAAGCUACUGUAGGUGUUUUUAAAAAGAUUUUUGUGGCCAUCGGAAAACAAAGCGUUCCUGCAUUCUGAACAUUCCGAGAAUUCAGGGAAUUCUAAAGCCCAGCCCUUGAAAAGAAUUACUUUGUACACUACUUUUUUCUUUUUCGUUGAGGAAUUACUGCACUGUGAUACGAGAUGUUUAUACCAACCUGUGUCUGUUGUCAUGUCAUCGCCUGCAAUAAGAAAACGCAGAGAAUCGACCCCUUACUGUUGACUGUACAGCUAAACUCCUCUUGCUUGUGUAAAAGAUAAAUCUAGAAACAAGAAGCACUGCAUUAACUACCAGGGCUUGAUGGAUUAUCUAUCAGAUUGACCCAAGCAUUUGGAUCCACUUGUCGGACAAGACUUAGCAUGUGUUUGCCGCUUGGAAAGACCCACUUUUCACGAAGCCCAUCCCUGAAUGUGCUGUACACCUGUACGUCACAGAGCACUCCUUCAUCCUCUGUAAAAAUCUGUCCCAGAGUUCCUUGCUGCCUUUGACCUCCCCACACAGCCCUCGUCUCUGUGGCCUAAUCGAUUUCUACGACUGCAAGCCUUAAUAGCGGUUGUGUGAACUCCAAAAGAUGCCACUAAAGCUGUGACUUCUUUUCUAAGCUGGAAGACUUGCUUGUUAUUGUCACGUUGUAGGAAUUAUACAGUACUAACCUUCCAAAGUGUAACAAUAUACAAGCACAGUGCCUUAGUGUAUGAAGCGAGCGUGGAUGAGCGCAGUCGUUUUUUGGGAAAAAAAUAACCUAACGCUAAAGGUGCGGUCAUAUUUACUGAUGCUAGGUGGAGAAAUCGGUGCAGAUGAAACCAGUCAUUCCAAUAGGAAUUUGUGUGAUUGGGAGUUUUGCAUAAAGGCAGAACUUUUACUCAUUUUUAAGUUGUUUAAAGUGAGUUGGUGGCACUGACCAGCUGAGAGAUGCUUGGUUUGAAAGUGACCUCUGUGUGAGCUGUGCUUACACAUAGCUAUAUUGUUGAUAAUAACCAGUGGACUUUUAGCCCACUAAAUUUUGCCACAGUUUCGCAAAUGUGACCGCACCUUAAGAUCCCACGAGUCAUCUUUAUAAAAGAGCACUGGCCAUUCGGUUGACCUUUCACUCUGAGACGGAAGACAUAUUUACACAUACAGAUCUUGCCUUUCUUAUCCGAAAAGACCAAAAAGUUGAAGGAGACGCAUCGAGCUCCUCUUUAUUUCCUGCACUGUAGCAUGAAAGUGCCUUUGGUUACGGUUUUUCCAGCUUAGAAAAGACUGAUGUUUUUUUGCGUUCUUAAAAUGAUCAAAAACCAAAAAAGAAGAACAAAAAGUGGAUGUAGGUCAAAUAUUCACCACAUUGCCUUCAUAAGAAUUUUAUAGAAAAAUCAACAUGGGCUAGUGAGUGGAUAUGUUCUGAAAUAGUUAUGUAAUAUUAAAAACAAACUUCUAUCAGCAUUUGAUUUAUUUGGUGGAUGUGGCAAGCUGUCAUAUAAAUAUUUUUUUUUUUCUAUGAACUUCGGUUCCAUUCUGUGAGAGAUUUAUUCGACAGAGCUUUAGCUACUUUUCUAGUGCAUUGGCUAAUCGAAUCGUAAAACCUCACAGCACUGUGGAGAUUGAUUGCUGAAUGGUGUUUGCUUUUCCUUUUUAUCAAGCCAUUUCAAUGUCUUAUUCUGAAAAUAGAAACUAUAUCAAGUGACGCCAUGUUGUGUUGCUCCUCAGACCUUAAAUGUAGUCGGUGAUAUUAACCGCAGAGUCACACGUUAAGUCCUUCACGGACAAAGCUUCACCAAACCAUAUCAUCUCCACUGCGUAAUUUAUUCAUGCUGUUCAUUAAAGUGGAUCGAGCCCUCAAAGCGUGAGAGAUGAAGUUAGAUUUCCAGCUGUGUGUGUUGUAGCGCUUCAAGUGAACUGUGGAGUUAAGUACGCGCCAUAUCCAAAUGGCAGACGAUGUUGAUUGUUUGGUGUUCAUGUUUCAUAUGGAGAUCUUCCCGUAUUGUUCUACAUGUGCGCCAUGGUUUUGUGACGAUGUCAGUAUAUUCGGAGCCCGUUUGGUUGGUGGUGCUGUUAUUGCUGCGCUGCUGGUGCAUCUGCUACAUCAGUUCCUCCUUAACAGUCCCCUUUACUUCCCUAGGGAUCUGAGAACUAAUGCCUUCAAUAUGAUGAAUGUUAAUAUGAUGAAACAGACAUGGUUUUGUUAGUAACGGACACUAAGCAAGGAUUUGAGCGGAAUCCAGAAUACAGUAUGUCAGCAGUUUAGCUUCUGUUGUUUUUUUGUUUUUGUUUUUAUAAAUAUAUAUAUAUGUUUGUAUUUUGUCUAUGUGUAGGUACUGGUACCUCAUAUGUUCAUUACCAUUUAAGAUGUUGGCUUUAAAGUGAACUUUUCUCUAGUUCAGAUAGUAUCAUAAAAAAGAUAUUGGGUUUGUGUGCAGAGAUUUUUUUUUUUUUUGUAAAAAGGUGCUUUGUAUAAAAUUAUAUAUUCUGGCUUUUCUUGGUACAAAGGUGUGAUAUCUUUUAAUAUCCCUGAUGAUGAAAAAAAAAAAAAAACAUUGGAGCAAGGCUGAGAGAAAAGAAAAAAACUAUUAUGUGUGUGUUCUUUAUCGCAUUUGGUCUUGUCUUUGCUCCGUAACAUUUUGAUGCCUUCUUGAUAAAGUGGUAGAUAUUUUGUAGCUUUCUAGAUACUUUGUAUGUAUACAAUAUUGAAUAAAAUAAGUAAUUAAAACA